CUCGAUCCCAUGGUGGAAGCUAACAGAAUGGAUAAGACGAUAAACAGCAGCCAAGAGGCUGCGGUGAGGAAGGGCCCAUGGACCAUGGAGGAAGACCUCAUCUUAAUCAACUACAUAGCAAACCAUGGUGAGGGUGUUUGGAACAACCUUGCUCGGUCUGCAGGUUUGAAUCGCACGGGGAAGAGCUGCCGGCUACGGUGGCUGAACUAUCUGAAGCCUGAUGUCCGGCGUGGAAACAUCACGCCAGAGGAGCAGCUGCUGAUCAUGGAUCUCCAUGCUAGAUGGGGAAAUAGGUGGUCAAAAAUUGCGAAACAGCUGCCUGGGAGGACUGACAACGAGAUAAAGAACUACUGGAGGACAAGAAUACAAAAGAAGGUUAAGCAUGGCGAAUCCUUUGACUACCAGCAUGCGAUGGUUACUGAUGAAGCUAGUACCAGUACUACCAGUACGAGCCAAACAAACAGUGUUGAAGAUGUUGCGCCUCAGCCGAGUUACACUGAGCACCAGGCUACCGAUCCUCAUGCACUUGCACCUCCUUUCUCGAGUACUGAAUCCAGCGAUAACUUCUGGACCGUCGAGGACUUCUGGUCGAUGCAUUCACUCAAUGGCGAUUAAAUAAAGGGAGAUCGUGCUUAUGGAUAAUACUGCUGAUGGUAAUUAUCCUUUAGUAUCAUAAUGUUGCACCAAGUACUUGUACAAUAUAACUAUGGUUAAGCGUACGUAAGGACCGUGAGAUAUAAUUAAUGAUCAUGCUUGGUUUCUAUUAGUUAUAAGUUCGGUGUAAGUGAUUGGUUUUAAUUAUGAUUACAAGAUAUGAUGGUUAA